GGGCCAUCCCAGGCAUUGAUAAGUCCCAUGAUCCGGGUCCUACCCAGUCGGCCGGCCAGUGCUCUGGAACCCAAGUGACUCCAUCAGCAUGGCUCCCACCAGCACAUCAAAGAUCUCCCUCCCAUGCGGAUCCCGAAGGAGGAGGCUUGUUUUGAAGCCGACGCAGCAAGGGGCUCUGCACGCAUUGUUCCAACAGAACCCGUACCCAGGCAUCGCCACCAGAGAACGACUGGCCCGAGAGCUAGACAUUCCAGAAUCCAGGAUCCAGGUGUGGUUCCAGAACCAGCGCACGAGACAGCUAAGGCAGAGCCGAUUGGGGUCUGCCAAAUCCCAAGGGCAAGGGCCAACACAUGGACAGGAACAGCCUCCAUCUUGGACUCAAGAACAUUUCACAAAGGAUGGCAGGAGAAAGCGGACAUCGAUUUCUCCAUCCCAAACCAGUAUACUCCUUCAAGCCUUUGAGAAGAACCGCUUUCCAAGCAUUGCUACCAGGGAACACCUGGCCAGCCUCACAGGUCUUCCGGAAUCCCGCAUUCAGGUCUGGUUCCAGAACAGAAGAGCUCGGCACCCAGGGCAGAGCAGAAGUGGCCCCAUGAAGGACAUGGAAGCAAACCCCAAACCCAGUCCUUAUGUGAGAGUCCCAGUGGAACCAGGCCUCCUGGCCAGGGUCCCUGUAAGCUCUCCCCAACUGGCUCUGUCCAAUACUCUGGGAAGCAUGCAGGGCUUUCCUGCAGGGACAACUCCCGUUCCCUGCAUGGGCUUUGCCCCUCCAGUUUUCUGUGGGGGCCCUGGGAGCCAGGCCCUGGGGGCCAUGAUGGUCCCGCCCACCCAAGGUGGGCAAGGAGGAGACAACUUUCCUGCUGCUAAAGGCCUGAGGAGCUGUUACUUGACCGGACCGACUCUGGUAGGGAGUCUCUUCAUUCGACACGCACUUCUUUGUCCCCCAUCCCAAGGGGAACACCAGCAGCAACAUGAGUGCACUGGCAUGACACCCCUGCCCUUCCAAGACUACCCUCAGCCUCUAGCUGACAAUCCUUGCCAAGGGUUGAAGGAGGCAGGGCACGCCGGGAGAAACUCCACUACACAGUGCUCGGGCGAGGGGUCCCAGCUUGUCAUCGGCACAGGACAGGCUCAGGAUGGGGCAUUUCUGCAGCCUGCACAUGCUGAGAUGCCUGGCUGGCAGCAGCAGUCACUUCCUACCGCAUGGCUGUCUGCUACUCUCAACCCAGAGCACCAAACCUCUGCAGAAGCCUCAAGUUUUUUAGAGGAACUUUUCACAGCCACAGAGAUGGAAGAAGACACACACCCUAUUCUGAGUGGGUGUUUGCCGCAAGAGGACCCUCUGGGACCCCUGGAAACACCCCUCAGUGAGGAGGAGUUUCACACCCUACUGGCUAUGCUGCAUGACUCCACAUGGCCUCAGGCCUAG